AUGGCAGCGGCGGGGAUUGGGGGAGGAAGGGACCACGACCUUCCUCUCGAGGAGGUCGACGCCGUCCUCGCCUCCUUCUCCGGUGACCCCGCCGCCGCCUUCGCCCCGCUGCCUGCACCGGAUGCAGCGGCGUCGCGGGAGCUGGUGGUUGCUGGUGAGAGCCUACUGGAGGGGCUGGGGGACGUCGAGAAUUUCCUUAUGCAGGAGGAGGACUACGAGGACGAGGCACCGUUGGACGGGGUUGAUGGGUUCUUGGACGGCAUCCUCGUUGAGGACGGCGAGGGCGAGGGGAGCCCCAAGCCCACUGGAGAGAAGAGCGCCGAUAGGGCUCGCGCGGGGGAGGAUGAGGUGGUGGUGGGUGUGGAUUGCGGCGACGAUCCCAACAGCAAGAAGAAGAUGCGACAAAUGAGGAAUAGGGAUUCUGCCAUGAAAUCUAGGGAGAAGAAGAAAUUGUAUGUAAAAGAUCUGGAGAUGAAGAGCAAGUAUCUGGAGGCAGAGUGCUGCCGCCUAAGUUAUGCCCUCCAGUGUUGCACUGCUGAGAACAUGGCGCUUCGCCAGAGUUUGCUGAAGGAUAGGCGUGCCGAUGCUCCCAUAGCCACACAGGAGUCUGCCGUACUCACGGAUGCAGAAGCGGUACGUUUUGGCUUUCUUCCUUUUUUUCCCCUGAGAAGACAGUUUGCCUUUUUAUGCACUAAUAAGGUGUGCAUUUUUGUUGCUGUUGAUGAAAUAUAUUCAUAUCCAUUUAGCACAAAGUAUAGCUACAGAUUUUCUCAUACUGUUGCCUCUAAUGCAUCGUUUACUGUGUACAGAAACCCUGCCGCUGGUUUCCCUGCUUUGGCUAGUGAGCAUCUUGUGCCUAUUCCUGGUGGACGACAUGCCCAACAGAAGCCUGGUGGCUCCAAGAAGCCUCGAAAGAGAUCUUGUAAAGCUGGCCAGGACAUCACUAAACGGUGUAAAGAUGACCAGAAUGACAAACAACGGUGA